CCACACACUAAUGAGGAGGGGGGCUGAGUGCAGCAUACCUUCAGCAUCCACCCUGAAGCGUUAAGACCCUCAGGUGUCCCUAUUGGUGCCCUGGGCUCCCCAGGAUCAUCCUCCCCAGCAACGGAAUGGAGCCAGGACGCUUCAGGAUGUUGGCUGUGGACUCUGGGAAUUACCUGUGCUCCCCCGAGGAGAAUAUCUACAAGAUCGACUUCGUCAGGUUCAAAAUCCGGGACAUGGACUCAGGCACUGUCCUCUUUGAAAUCAAGAAGCCCCCUGCCUCAGAGCGGUUGCCCAUCAACCGGCGGGACCUGGACCCCAAUGCCGGGCGCUUUGUCCGCUACCAGUUUACACCUGCCUUCCUCCGCCUGAGGCAGGUGGGAGCCACGGUGGAGUUCACAGUGGGUGACAAGCCAGUCAACAACUUCCGGAUGAUUGAGAGGCACUACUUCCGCAACCAGCUGCUGAAGAGCUUUGACUUCCACUUUGGCUUCUGCAUUCCCAGUAGCAAGAACACCUGCGAACACAUCUACGACUUUCCCCCUCUCUCUGAGGAGCUGAUCAGCGAGAUGAUACGUCACCCCUAUGAGACACAGUCUGACAGCUUCUACUUCGUGGAUGACCGGCUGGUGAUGCACAAUAAAGCAGACUAUUCCUACAGUGGGACACCCUGACACUCACCCCUCCCCCCCCUCAAGCCACCCCUUACCCAGGAGACUCUAGCCUGGGUCCUGCACUGUGACUUUUCCAGCAUCGUCUCUUAAUUCCAGGUCUUCUACUCGGGGAUCCUCCAGGAGCCCUGGACCCCGAGUCAGUGUUGGUAGGAGGGGUCUCUGUCAUCCCCAGGCGGAGUCCCUGAAGCCCAUGGGGAGAGGUAAUAGGGGAGCUAUCCAUGUCCAGGAAGGUCUCCUGUGAGAGUUCAGCCAGGACUAAUGGAAAGCCCAGCUCCACCCUCUUGGGCCUAAGUUUCAGAAUAGUGUCCCUCUCUAGGCUGCAGCUAGGUUAGUUCAGGAAACCUGUUUCCUGUCUUCAGGAAUCCUGAAUCCAGCCCUCCACUUCCAGGCCAUAUAGAGUGGUAAAUUCACAAAAAUCCACAGAGGGUCAGGACCCUGGCACCAACCCUGGCUUCCCCUGUCAGGGGCUAAGACACUGCCUGAGGCCUGGGAGGUAUUGGUCCAGAUUAUAGCGUGGACCAACUGUAUAUAGUUUUCAAUAAACUUUCUCCU